AGUGUGAUUGUAAAUUUUAUCAACCAUCAAGUCAUCGAUUAUCGACUUAAAUACAUUUGUUUUUUGCAAAUAUUAAAUAUGAGUUCCGGUUUUAUAUCAGAGUCAGAAAUAUUAGAGGCCAGACGGCGACGUCAGGAAGAAUGGGAGAAAGUCCGGACUGAAGAUCAACCUAAAGAAGCUCCAGAGGAGGCAUAUGACAAUCGGCCACUGUUCCAGCGGCUAGAAGAACAGAGAUUGAAGAAAGAGGCAGAAUUUGAGGAGGCACAUAAACUUAAGAAUAUGAUCAGAGGUCUGGAUGACGAUGAAGUUGGUUUCCUAGACCUCGUGGAGCGUACUAAAGCUGAAGUCGCUCAACAGAUUAGCAUUGAAGAAAAGAAGGAGAUGCAAGAAUUCAGGGAAAGAGUCUCGAAUUUGGCAGAAAGUGAGGAAUUGACGCGGCUGAGAGCACAACUAGCCCCCGCUCGGAGCACGCAGACCACAGCUCAAGCACAGAAGAAUAAGUUACAAGGGGUCGUAGUAAGGAAGCGAAAAGCGAGUGACAUGGACGGUGAUAAGGAAAAGGGAUCGCCCCCACCCAAAAAUGGAGUUGUUCACCAUAAUAGCAGUGCUGAUCAGAACGGUCUGUCAUCACCGGGGGAGACGAUGGGAGCUCUGCGGUGUGUCGGCGUGCUGCCCGGCCUCGGUCACUACGAUACGGAUACGUCGAGUGACACGGACGACUCCAGUGAUAAUGAUUCUACUGACAAGUGCUGUUUGAAAAGGGAUCUCCUCGGUCGCAGGCCGGACCAGACGGGCGAAGGGAAACGGAAGGAGGAGGAGAAGAGUUAAAUUUAAUUUUGAACUUUAUUUCUUGUGUAGUAAAGUUGUAAUUGCAUUAAAUAGCACAUAGAUAUAAAACGCCCAUUGGCAAUUUUCGAUUGUUUGUUAUGUAAGGCUGGUUUUUCUUGAUAAGGUAUCUCGUAUAAUUUAAUAAAUAUGUGUACAUUUAUGUUGUAAUAUAAAUACUGAAAUUUGUUAUUUGUAUAUCUAUAUAUAUAAUAAAAAUUUGUAUUUCAAUUAUUUAGUAGAAAAGUAAUACUUUAGCAGAGGUCUGUCCGCAGCGUUGUGUCUUAAUGGCAGUUUUUAAAUAAUUAUUGUAUUAUAAUCUACUUAUGCCCGGUUCUCGAAGUUUUGCCCAUUAAAUAUAUUAGUCGGUCAACAACAGGUCUCCCGCGAAACUUUGCGUUUAUUGAAAAGUUUUUUUUGGAUUUUCGAAACCUGUCACAGGUUUUGUUUGUUUUGUUUUUGUCAGGUUUAAUUUAAUUGUAAACCAAAAGUCACUUAUCUACACUUGGCGCGAAAAUGAUGAAACCUUUUUGGAAUUAAGUUUUUAAUGUUAAGUACAUUACUUCAGUUACAAUAAGAGUUUUUGAAUAACAAUUUACUUUAAUUUUUACGUUAUUAAUGUUUUUUUUUUUUAUAAAGACGUAGUCCGCCCUCUGACCGGCCCGUACCUUCUGUCCUCUC